CUGCAUUCACAAUGGAGGGGCCACACCACCUGCACCUCGUCACCCUGUUCUCACUGCUUCUCUCCAAUGUGGUGCCCACACAUCAGGCAGAGGAGGUUGUCCUGUUGGAUUUUGCCUCAGCACAUGGAGAGCUUGGUUGGCUGACUGAUCCAUAUAACGCAGCUUGGGAUCUCCUUCAGAAUGUGUGGAAUGACACGCCCAUAUACAUGUACAGUGUGUGCAAUGUGGUUGAAGGCAAUCAGGACAACUGGUUACGGACCAACUGGAUCUACCGCGGAGAAGCACAGCGCAUAUUCGUCGAGCUCAAGUUCACCGUGCGUGACUGCAACAGCUUCCCCGACAUUGAGACCUCCUGCAAGGAAACCUUCAACCUCUACUAUGUUGAGUCAGACUCUGAUUACGGAACAAUCUUUAGGAAGAACCAGUUCAAAAAAAUUGACACAAUAGCACCUGAUGAAGUCACAAGGCAAGAGGAUGUAGACUCCCGAAACGUGAAGAUUAAUGUUGAGGUGCGCGCAGUUGGCUCACUCAAGCAGAAUGGCUUCUAUUUGGCUUUUCAAGAUGUCGGUGCCUGUAUCGCGCUCAUAUCCGUGCGCGUGUACUACAAGAAGUGUCCAGCCAAUGUGCGCAACAUGGCCGUCUUUCCAGAAACAAUAGCCGGAGAAGAUUCUCAAGCUCUCUCUGAAGUUAUUGGGACUUGUGUAGAUCAUGCAGUGGCCCAUGAGCCACCGAAGAUGCACUGCAAUGCUGACGGCGAGUGGUUGGUCCCAGUUGGCCAAUGCAUGUGCGAGGCUGCAUACGAGAUGGUGAAUGGUACUUGCCAAGUGUGUAAGGAGGGGUUCUUCAAAUCGGAGGCCAGCAACAACCCCUGUUUGGAAUGUCCUGCCAACACCCAGCCCUCUGAUGCAGGUUCCACACUGUGUCCGUGCAAGGAAGGUUUCUACCGAGCCCCCAAUGACCCAGCCACCUCCGCUUGUUCUCGACCACCAUCUGUACCAAUGGCUCUUACUGCUACUGCUAUGGGUUCCAUGGUUGUGUUGAGGUGGAUGCCGCCCAGUGACACUGGGGGCCGCAGUGACAUUACCUACAGUGUGGUUUGCGAACGCUGUGCCUGGGACACGGGAAGCUGCAAACCCUGUGAGGCUGGCAUUCGCUUUACCCGCCAGCUCCCAUUUGUGGAGACCACAGUGAGUGUGAUGGAGCUGGAGCCACACACCAACUACACCUUCAAGGUUGAAGCGAGGAACGGGGUGUCCGACCAGAGCCUUAAACGCAGCAUCACCAGCACCGUUGUCUUCAUUAACGAGACAGAACCUCCUAAAAUCACCUCGAUAGUUAUGGAGGAUCGGGACAAGUCCAGCCUUACUCUGUCCUGGAGUGUUCCCAAAAGGCAGAUGAGAGGCAUUUCAGGUUACGAGCUCAUGUACAGCAAGAAGGUGGAUCAACAAAGCUACACAGUGCUGCGAUCUGACAAUAAUUUUGUGAAGGUUUCAAACUUGCAGCCUGGAACCGUGUAUGUUUUCCGUGUGCAAGCGUUGACGCCAGGUGGGGCUGGAUUUUACAGUGAGACGUACGAGUUCCUGACUCUUCCAGAUAAAGCAGAUCCUAAUUGGACAACCCUUAUAGUUGGGAUGGUGGUUGGAGGAGUCACCGUGAUACUGCUGCUGUUCAUUAUCUUCUAUGUUAGGCGGAGGAGACGCAGUUCCCGGGCACGUCAGGGACCUGAGGAUAUUUAUUUCACCAAACACUCUGACCAGCUGAAGCCUCUGAAGACCUAUGUUGAUCCACAUACCUAUGAGGACCCAAACCAGGCUAUCCUAAAGUUUGCGGAUGAGAUCCAUCCAUCUGCAAUCACCAAGCAGAAAGUGAUUGGAGCUGGUGAAUUUGGUGAGGUCUACAAAGGAAUUCUGAAGAAAAAGCAGAAGGAGAUUGGUGUAGCUAUUAAAACACUAAAAGCCGGCUACACUGAAAGCCAAAGGAUCGAUUUCCUGAGUGAAGCAAGCAUCAUGGGACAGUUCAGUCAUCACAAUGUUAUUCACCUGGAGGGCGUUGUCACCAAAUACAAACCCCUUAUGAUUGUUACCGAGUAUAUGGAAAAUGGAGCACUAGAUGCCUACCUUCGGAGAAAUGACGGUGACUUCUCUUCUCUCCAACUGGUCGGAAUGUUGCGUGGAAUUUCGUCCGGCAUGAAGUACCUUUCCGACAUGAAUUACGUACACCGGGACCUUGCAGCUCGCAACAUCCUGGUGAACAGUCAACUGGUAUGCAAAGUGUCGGACUUCGGGCUCUCCCGAGUUUUGGAAGAUGACACUGAGGGGACAUACACCACUAGUGGAGGAAAGAUUCCUAUCCGUUGGACUGCUCCAGAGGCAAUUGCUUAUCGGAAGUUUACCUCGGCAAGUGACGUGUGGAGCUUUGGCAUUGUAAUGUGGGAAGUCUUGUCCUAUGGCGAGAGGCCUUACUGGGAUAUGUCCAAUCAUGAGGUGAUGAAAUCGAUAAAUGAAGGAUUCCGCUUGCCCGCUCCGAUGGACUGUCCUUCAGCCAUCUACCAGCUGAUGAUGCAGUGCUGGCAACAGGAGAGGGCGAAACGACCCAAGUUCUGUGACAUUGUUAACAUCCUCGACAAAUUGAUCCGCAACCCAGAGUCCUUGAAAAGCAUCGCAGAUUUUGAUCCACGUGUGUCCAUCCGCCUGCCUAGCACCAGUGGAACCGAUGGCAUGAUCUUCCGUACAGUCAACGAGUGGUUGGAGUCUAUAAAAAUGGGACAGUACUUGGAGAAUUUUAUGACAGCGGGAUACAAUACCAUGGAGCAUGUAGUUCAGCUAACCACAGAGGAUGUGAAGAAGAUUGGAGUCCGGUUACCAGGGCACCAGAAGAGGAUUGCUUACAGCAUUAUGGGACUGCAGGAACAAGCUACCAGCAUGGGUGUAUACACUGUGUGAACCCCUCCGCACACUCCACCCCAGGGGCUAAAACCCCAAAAGUCUUUUCCAUACGACUUGCGAUACUUGAAUGGGACGAUGAUUUUACACACGAGAGUGCUGGAGAGAUCUAGUGCUGAAGAAAAACUCUGUUCCUGUUACCUUUUUUCAAAAUCUGGAGGAGACUGAAAUAGAAGAGAGAGGAACACAUCACCAGCCGGACCUCAUGACACCUUUCAUCCAAUGUUUGGGAUUCCAACUGGCGGGUGUCCAACACGAUUGUAUUAGGAGGGUUGGGAACUUUCCAGAAGCUUUUGAGCCAAAGAGGCUAUAAUUGAAUUGCUGAGCUGGUGCUGGGUGCGUGUGGAGGGAAUGGACUACUUUUUUUUUGAUCCAGGCAGCAUCCAGUUCUACUGUGUGUUGUGUAGUUUAAUCCAUUCUUUAUAGAUUGGUUGGUUGGCUUCAUCCCUCUAAUAGUAACGGGGUCCCAAAUGCCCAGUAAUAAGACUAUUCCUUGAGAUGUCUCCUUAUCUGACAGCAUCUUCAGAGUUGCUUAUAUAUUAAAGUUGAGACUCUCUCAAGAAACCUUUACUUUUUGAAUUCUACAUUUCCAUAUUUCUUAGGGCAUGAAGUUCCAGUUCCAUGUUAGCAAACUUGAUGGCAUGAAACCAGAUGAAGUUUAAUAGAUGGCAUGUAGAAUACUAGUUCUCAGUGUUUGUGUAUAAAUGUAAUUUAAACAUGUUUCAUUAUAUCUAGAGCUUAAAAUGGCAUUAUAAACGAGUGUCACAGUUGAGCCGUGACUGGCUAAAUCUCUCAGCAUUUCCCAGAUGGCUGAGACUGAUGAUUCUCUCAUUGGGUUCCAUUGAAUGAUUUCCACAUUACAGCCCAUGAUUUGGACUGUAAUGCACUUGGUGGCCAUGAUGAUUGUCCUAGCGUGUGAUUAAACAGAACACACCCCCCACACAAUGGGGCACUGGAUUCAUUCUCUCGAUGUUUGGCUAGUGUUUAAAAUCCAAUUAGUAGCCCAACUGACCAUUGGGCAAUAUAUGUAUAAAUGAGGGGUAGGUCAUCCUAAUAAUAGCAGUCACUUGCCACUCAGCCAGUUCAAAGACUACCUCUACCCAACCCCCGAGGUGCAGUGAUGGGUACGUGGGCUGUUUUCUGAUACCAGCUGCUAACAAUGCAGCAUAUUGUUAAAUCCCAAAGGUUUAAGUCCCCUGAAACUUGGUGUCUGACCUCCACAUCCUGCAAACAUUCCCAUUUCAGAGGUUCCCCCUCCCGACGCCUGUGUGUAAUUGUAAUGCACUUCCGUACUGAUCCAUAAACAAAAUAGCAACAAAGGUCAUUGGCUUUGACAUGGGGGUAGGUAGUGGAUUUUCACACAGCAUAAUGAGGGGAGUCCUUUAUUUUUCAAAUCCGUGUUUUUUUUAAUUAAAAACAAAAAAGUGUGAAUUUGCACAGCCUGAAUUUUAUUUCCUGAUUUAUAGGAACCGGACAGAUUUUUAUAUAUAAUAUAUAUAUAUAUAUAUACAUAUAUAUAUAUGUAUAUAUAUAUAGUGAAUCUUUUCAGAAAUAGUUUGAUUUAGAAACUUUUGCUCUUUUUUUAAAAAAAAGAAAAUAUGUUUUAUUUAAACUGUAUUUAUUCUGUGCUUUCCUACCACACUUUUUUUAAUUUAUUUAACUCAAUUUAAUUUUGUGCCUCUGGCUGAAAGUGUGUGAUUUUAUUCCUUAUUGUCUUCAAGUUGCUUGUAUUUAGAAAACGAUUUAUUUAUUCAGACCCAAGUGAACCAACCCGGUGAGGAGUUUGAGAGGCUCCCUGCCCAGGAUGGGUUUAUUUUGUAAUAAAAGCUGGUGUACUGGUA